AUGGAAGUGUGGAGACUGGUAAAUAGGCUUGUGGUAUACACGGAGCUUCUCAUUGUAACAUUUGUCGUUCUUCUGUAUCUUUUGGGGCUCUACGAGGCAGCCAUUGUCUCCGGCAUAUCGGUCCGUCUAUAUCUGCUCAUGACUUCCUUCUACUACUAUGCAGGGUGCCUGGCAAAGUCGCCUGGACAGCUCCUUGACUUUGGGAGUGCAAACGUAAAAGGAAUAUGCAAGAAGUGUAACAGAAUAGUGGGGACAAGGACGAUCCAUUGCGAGAUAUGCAACAAAUGCUAUCACAAAAGAGACCACCACUGCUCAAUAAUAGGAAGAUGUGUUGCAUCAAACAACAUUAGAGAUCUGUACUUCGCAGUGCUCUUCAUAAACUUCCACUCGCUUGUUGCAGUCCUCAGAGGCUCGACUGAGCUCACCUAUAUGCUGUCUGUCCACAGAUAUCUGCUUGCCAUGUCAAGCAUAUUUGUUUGCUGGCUGACACUGCUCAUACUCACAGACAAAACAACCAAGGAGCUGAUGAAGUCAGGAGGAAGGGUGACCGAUGGCGUAAGAAUGUCCAGAAUGAGGGAGAUAUUUCGCGGCGGGCUUGUCGGGACACUGUUUCCCUACCUAAGGUGGAAGACAUCUAUUGUCAAGUAA